AUGCUUUCUCUAAUCAUUUCGGCAGCUCUGGUGUCUACAGCUUUUGCUGCCACACCGACAACAUGCAUCGAUUAUGACCGAAAUUGUCAGCUUUACUUGGAGAACAAAUGGUGCUCGUCUCCUCUCUACACCUACGAUUUCAAGUUGAACUAUUGCGCAGCAACGUGUAAGAUGUGUGGAGGAUGUGUGGAUGUUGAUGUUAAUUGUGCAAUCUAUGCAAAGAAUGGCUACUGCGAUGACACCAACUACACGGUGACUCAAAAAAUCGCGAAAUGUCGUGCGACUUGUGGAUAUUGCACAAGCCCAAACCCUCCUUGCAAUGAUGUGGAUCCAAAUUGCCCGAUUUACAAGGGAAACGGCUAUUGCACCGAUCCCAACUACACGGACGCACAACGAAUGGCGAAAUGCCGAAAAUCUUGCGGAUACUGCCAAACCGCU